AUGGUGUGUGGUUAUGAGGGCAUCGUGGGUCAUAUCGGCCAUCUCUUCCUCGUCUUCUCCUGGCAGCAACGCGGGUCUCUGUCGGCGAACUCAUCUCGCUGGGUCACCGUAAUCGGAAAGAUGCUGACAGACCAGAGAAUGUGGAUAGACAGAUCAUCUCCCCUCACUCCCAUUCCUCCUCCCACCAUCACGCCCCCCGGGCUCCUCCCACCAUCUCAUCAGACUAGUCGAGAUGGUACGGACAGCGGCCGUGCGGUGAGCCGGGAGACGGAUGAAGCACCAAAAACUGCGGCAGGGGGGCAGACGACGGGUAGACGAAGGAUGGCAGAAAGCCCGAGCAACGAAGGCCGGGGGAUGGAAGCCGCCGUGCCGCCUGGGGAGGCGGAGGAGUCACGAGGUCGUCGAACAGACCAGCCCAAAAGAACGACGCAGGACCUGUGUGUGAGCCUGGAGAGACAGGACCGAAGCCUGGACCUAGCACAUAACGAGCAGAUCUGGACGAGUCGGACAGCGGAUGUGGUUUACGACUCGAGUGGGCUCAAGGGAACCCCGGACCCGGGGCCAAGCUCGCUUGGCCGUCCGGCAUAG